AUGGACACCCCUCUGGUCGCGCUGAUCGUGGUCGCCGGGACCUCACUCGCCGUGGCGGUGCCCUGCCUCCUCCUCGCCUUGCUCUGCCGCCGCCACAGCAGCAGGAAGAGCCAGCGCUGCUGCUCGGCGUCGGCAGCGGCGUCAACGCUCCCGGUCUCCGCGUCCGCCGGGACGACGCCAGCAGGCUGCCCGUCGUGGUCCUUUUACGGCACGACCGCGGACGCCUCGCUCCAGAAGCUCUCACUGGCCGAUCUCGCGGCAGCCACGGGCGGCUUCUCCCCGGACAACACCAUCGGGGACGGCAGCUUCGGGUUCGUCUACCGCGCCGUGCUCCCCGACGGCGCCGCGGUCGCCGUCAAGCGCCUGUCCGGCGACGCGACGCGGGCGCCGAUUCAAAUAUUGGGCAUGAUAGAUGUUUGUGGUAUAUCAAACAGGUAUGUGGCACCCGAGAUAUGGGACGGCGUGGGCGCGACUGUGAAGGCAGACUUGUACAGCUUCGUCGUGCUGGUGAUCGAGUUAGUAACUGGGCUCCGGCCAAGUUGGCCAAUGAAGGCCAGCAAAGGCGAAAAGGAGGUGGAUCUGGUGGAUUGGGCAAGGGAGAAGAUAGGUGAAGGCCAGGCGUCCGAGAUCCUAGACCAUCGGAUGGGCAUCCAAGCGCAAGGGAAGGAGAUGGAGGAGGCCAAGGGGCUCUUCGAGAUUGCACCCAGGUGUAUCGAUAGUGCUGCCAAGAACAGGCCCACCAUGGAGGAGGCUGUGGCCAUGCUCAACAAGAUUUGA